AUGUCGGGUUUCCCAGGCCAGAACUACCACAAUCAGGCUGGCUACCCGCCGCCGCAGCCGUACAACAAUGGUUAUCCUCCGCCUCAGCAAUAUCAACAGCCAUAUGGGCAACCUCCUCCACCACAGCAGUACGGCAGCUAUGGCGGGCCCCCACCUCCACCACAAUAUGGCGGCUAUCAACAGCCUCCACCGCCGCAGCAAUAUGGAGCUCCACCUCCACAGCAAUUCCAGCAGCAGCGUCCACCUCAGGGCUACAACCGACCACCCCCUCCUCCUCAAUCACAACAAAACUUCGGCCACGGCGCGCCAUCGGGCUACACAUUCCAAUACUCCGCCUGUACCGGUCGCCGCAAGGCCCUCCUCAUCGGCAUCAACUACUUUGGUCAAAAGGGUCAGCUGCGCGGCUGUAUCAACGAUGUCAAAAACAUGUCGGAAUAUCUCAACGGGCACUUUGGAUACAAGAGAGAGGAUAUGGUCACUUUGACAGAUGACCAGCAGAACCCAAUGAGUCAGCCUACCAAGGCGAACAUCUUACGAGCUAUGAGCUGGCUGGUGAAAGAUGCGAGGCCCAACGACUCCCUCUUCUUUCACUAUUCCGGUCAUGGCGGACAAACGAAAGAUUUGGAUGGUGACGAGGAAGAUGGAUACGAUGAGGUCAUCUACCCAGUCGACUUUAGGCAGGUCGGCCACAUUGUGGACGAUGAGAUGCACCGUAUCAUGGUCAACCCCCUCCAACCCGGCGUCCGCCUCACCGCCAUCUUCGACUCCUGCCACUCCGGCUCCGCCCUCGACCUUCCCUACAUUUACUCCACCCAAGGCGUCCUCAAAGAACCCAACCUCGCCAAAGAAGCCGGCCAAGGCCUGUUGGGCAUCGUAUCGUCCUACGCGCGCGGCGACCUCGGCGGCAUGGCGUCCACCGCCAUGGGACUCUUCAAGAAAGCCACCGGCGGACGGGACACCUACGAGAGGAAUUUGCAGACCAAGACGUCGCCCGCCGACGUCAUCAUGUGGAGUGGCAGCAAGGACUCGCAGACUUCCGCGGACGCCAACAUCGCCAACCAAGCGACAGGAGCCAUGUCCUGGGCCUUCAUCACGGCGCUGAAGAAGAACCCCCAGCAGAGUUAUGUGCAGUUGCUCAACUCGAUCCGGGAUGAGUUGGAGGCGAAGUAUAGUCAGAAACCGCAGUUGAGUUGUAGUCAUCCUUUGGAUACGAAUUUGUUGUAUGUGAUGUGAGUGAGGAGGGAAUUUCACGAGGUGAUGAAGGUGGGCAUGUAUGAGGUAAGGAUGGGUUGGGUGGAGACAGUACUGAGAGGUAGGAAUCGACACUCAGAGCCUUGGGAUGAAUGGCAGUGGAUGAGCGGCUUUGAUUUCUCGCGAUGGAGCGAACGGAACAGGCGCAAUAGAUCACGAUGGUGUGCUUGGAGAUGAGUAAACCGCGAGAGCUGCUGGUCUGGUAUCAAAACAGGUCUGGUAUCAUAAGCAUUUGUUUCCCAU